CUUUUUUACUCUACUUUUUUCUUUUUUCUUUUCUUUUGUGAGAAAAGAUGCCUAAAUACUACUGUGAAUAUUGCGAUGUCUUUUUAACACACGAUAGUCCUUCUGUAAGAAAAGGUCACAAUGCAGGAAAGAAUCAUAUACUGAACGUUAGACAAUAUUACGAAGAAAUUGGUCAUGACAAAGCACAAGCUAUUAUCAAUGAAAUCACACGAGCGUAUGAAAAUUCAAGUGCAGUGAUACCACCUCAAUAUAAUGGUCAAUUUGUUCCUGGGUGUAAGUUUUUAGUUAAAAUAAAAUGGUGAUAGCUAAAGGGAUUAAUAUUUAAUUAUUAUGAAAUAGAUGGACCACCACGACCAUUUCCACAAGCACCAUAUUCAAACAGACCUGCAGGAUAUCCACCUUUUGGGAAUAUGUCUACUGGUCAUUUAAAUCGUCCACCUCGUCCUUAUUAUAGUGGCCCA